UUGUUUCAGGCACAGGCCCACUGUUUUUUCCCUUGAAUGCUCGGUCUCUCUCUCUCUCUUUUCAGUCUUCCAUCCCUAUCUUUCUUUGAGGCCUUCCCAUUUUCAUCAAAAUUCCAAUUUCCAAAGCUAUCUCAGAAUGGCAGCUUUUUCAUACUACCAACACGACCCUUUUCUCCUUGACCCAAACACUCCCAUUAAGAUUCCUGGCUUUUCAGAGGAACCAAACAACACCACCACCACCACCAUCACCAACUCCUCCUAUUUCUCUCAAUGUCACCCACCUCAAUCUCAAUCUCUUCACCAAAUCCCUGUUGAUCUCAGUGCUCAUGAAAGCAGCUGCCUUGAAAAUGUCAUAAAAGUUUAUAUUAGUAGCAAUAAUGAACCUUCUCCUUCUGUGACCAAUAUUAAUAAACAUAGCACAGACUCUUCAUCAGUGGUUGAUAAGCCUGAAAGUACUGUUGAUCAAGUCACUCAGAAGGUGUCUACCACCAUGGACAACAAGAGGAAGAGGAAGAGCAACUACUCUCCUCACUCUAAGCAUGCCAGAGAAGUGAAAGGAAAGAAGCAAAAUAAAUGCAACAGUGUGAAAAAAGAUGGUGAUGAAGAAAAGAGGCCAAAAGCUGAUGAUAUUAAGAAGGCGGCUCUUGAAGAAGCCCCAAAAGCAGGCUAUAUUCAUGUAAGAGCAAGAAGGGGCCAAGCAACAGACAGCCACAGCCUUGCAGAGAGGGUGAGGAGAGAGAAAAUAAGUGAGAGGAUGAAGAUGUUGCAAGCUCUUGUUCCAGGGUGUGAUAAGGUAUCUGGGAAGGCCCUCAUGUUGGAUGAAAUCAUCAGCUAUGUCCAAUCUCUCCAAAACCAAGUUGAGUUCCUUUCUAUGAAGCUUGCUUCUGUCAAUCCCAUGUUCUAUGACUUUGGAAUGGACUUGGAUGCAUUGAUGGUUACACCUGAUCAGAGAUUGGAUGGUUCGGUACAAUCACCACCACCAUUUCAAAAUGUGCAACAACAAUGCAACCUUCCCAAGGCCACUGCUUUUUCUGAUGAACCACUUCCACCACCUCCUUCAUUAUCAACACCACCCAAUACUUAUCCACUUCUGAGUACUCUAGUGCACUCUCUUCCCUUCUAUUUCAACAAGGGCAGCCUCAGGAUAACGGACAGCUCUUAUGGGAUGUGCAUGACCAAAGACAAAAACUUAUCAAUCAAUCUGGUUUCGGCAACUUGGGUUCUUUCUAUUAAUAUUAAAUACCAAGCUACAGCUAGCUGCCCUACAAACAUCUGUUUGUAAAAACAGAGGAAAGACAACCAGAAAGCAGUUGCAUGAAAGCCAAAGCUACAUAUAUUCCUUUAGUAUCAAUACCAAGUGAGAUGGGAUUUUAUGAUCAUUUCAAAGCCAUCCCAAUUGAUGAUUUGGAGUAAGUACUCCUAUAUAGCUAG